GCAACCCCUGGAUGUUGACAUGACCGCUGAGGAUUCCACCGCAGCCAUGAGCGAUUCAGCCGCUGUGUCCCCGGCCAAGGUUCCCGAAGGUGUAGCAGGCGCACCCAACGAAGCCGCGCUGCUGGCUCUAAUGGAGCGCACGGGUUACAGCAUGGUGCAGGAGAACGGGCAGCGCAAGUACGGCGGCCCGCCACCUGGAUGGGAUGGGUCGCACCCUCAGCGCGGCUGUGAAGUCUUCGUGGGCAAGAUUCCGCGUGACGUGUACGAAGAUGAGCUGGUGCCCGUGUUCGAGGCCGUGGGGCGCAUCUACGAGUUGCGCCUCAUGAUGGACUUUGAUGGCAAGAAUCGUGGCUAUGCCUUCGUCAUGUAUUGCCAUAAGGAUGAGGCCAAGCGCGCCGUGCGCGAGCUCAACAAUUACGAGAUCCGCCCGGGACGUCUGCUCGGCGUGUGCUGCAGCGUGGACAACUGCCGCCUCUUCAUCGGAGGCAUCCCCAAGAUGAAGAAGCGCGAAGAAAUCCUGGAGGAGAUCUCCAGGGUCACCGAGGGAGUCCUGGACGUUAUCGUCUAUGCCAGCGCCGCUGAUAAGAUGAAGAACCGCGGCUUCGCCUUCGUGGAGUACGAGAGCCACAGAGCCGCAGCCAUGGCGCGCCGUAAGCUCAUGCCUGGCCGCAUCCAGCUGUGGGGCCAUCAGAUCGCCGUGGACUGGGCCGAACCUGAGAUCGACGUGGAUGAGGACGUGAUGGAGACGGUGAAGAUCCUCUACGUGCGCAACUUGAUGAUCGAGACCACAGAAGACACCAUUAAGAAGAGCUUCGGCCAGUUCAACCCCGGCUGCGUGGAACGCGUCAAGAAGAUACGCGACUAUGCCUUUGUGCACUUCACCAGCCGCGAGGACGCCGUGCAUGCCAUGAACAACCUUAACGGCACCGAGUUAGAGGGUUCCUGCCUGGAGGUAACGCUGGCCAAGCCUGUAGACAAGGAGCAGUAUUCCCGCUACCAGAAGGCGGCCAAGGGAGCCAGUGGCAGCGGCGUGGCCGAGGCGGCGGUUCAGCAGCCCAGCUACGUGUACUCCUGCGAUCCGUACACGCUAGCCUACUACGGCUACCCCUACAACGCGCUCAUCGGGCCCAACAGGGAGUACUUUGUGAAAGCAGGCAGCGUAAGAGGCCGAGGGCGAGGUGCAGCUGGCAACAGAGCCCCAGGGCCCAGGGGUUCUUACCUCGGGGGAUAUUCUGCUGGCCGUGGUAUCUAUAGCCGAUACCAUGAAGGGAAAGGAAAGCAGCAAGAAAAAGGAUAUGAGCUUGUACCAAAUUUGGAACUCUCAGCCGUCAAUCCCGUUGCCAUUAAACCUGGUACAGUGGCCAUCCCUGCCAUUGGGACCCAGUAUUCCAUGUUUCAGGCUGCUGCAGCUCCAAAAAUGAUUGAAGAUGGCAAAAUCCACACAAUGGAGCACAUGAUCAGCCCCAUGGCUGUGCAGCCAGACCCAGCCGCUGCAGCUGCCGCCGCCGCCGCAGCUGCCGCUGUCAUUCCCACCGUGUCAACACCUCCACCUUUCCAGGGCCGCCCAAUAACUCCAGUAUACACGGUGGCUCCAAAUGUUCAGAGAAUGCCCACUGCCGGGAUCUAUGGUGCCAGUUACGUCCCAUUUGCUGCUGCUCCAGCCACAGCCACAAUUGCCACACUACAGAAGAACACGGCUGCCACCGCGGCCGUCUAUGGAGGCUAUGCGGGUUACAUACCUCAGGCAUUCCCUGCUGCUACUAUUCAGGUUCCCAUUCACGAUGUCUACCAGACAUACUAAGACUGGUGACAAGUGUGAAGACAAGCCACAAGAUACCACUGAAGGAACGCUUUACUAUUUAUGAAGAAAGACCAUGUUGGAUCAGCACACGUCUGAAACCUGCUGAAAGUGAAGAAUGUUAUCCAAUAUCAUACUGAAAUAUUUUAUAUACAUGAAGAAAUUUUCACUAGUCUUUUUUUUUUCUUCCCAGAGACGAUUUGAAAAGUAACAGGGCUGUGUUCAUACAUUUCUAAGAGACUUGCAUGGUUCGUGCCUUAUUAUACCAUCUCUUAAAAUUUGUAUACUGUAGUACAUUUGUGUAGAGGUUUUUUUGUUUUAAGGAUAUAUUUUCAGUAUGAAGGUUAUUUUCUUAACUUCUGCACUCCAGAAAGUUCUAUUUUGUAGUACCUUCAAUAAUAUAUCAACUUUAUAUUAAAAAGCACACUUGAACAGCUAGGGCACUAUUUUGAGAAAUAUAUUCAAUAUUUAAAGAUAUAAAC